ACCGGUUCACAUUUUCUCUAUGUCACGUCAUGUCGUCAUGUAGUCAUGUGCCUCGUGUAGUAGUGGCGCAUGUAUUUAAAACAGCUAAAACGCUAGCAUGAUACACAUGAUACAUGGCACACGAAUUUGUUCGCACUGUGUUCCUUGAUUGUGUGUAAAAGCCCUGCAGCAUGGCUGAAGCAGGCUGUGGUGUUGGGUUUUCGCAAGACGCCGAACCACUACCUUGCUGGUGCCGAGGCGUCGAGAGGUUGCCCUUAGAAGAACUUCCAAUUUUUCAGUAUCUGAAAGCACAACAUGACAAUGCACAGAAAGGGUGUUCUUCGUCCAAUGACGUUCGUAUACUCGGUCUGGGUCGCGGUCGACCUCGGAGUAAUAUAGUUGUGCCAAUAAUUGGCAAUAGUGCAUCAUCAUCUAGCGUCGAAGACUGUCAUAGGGAUGAUGUGAAAUUAUACCGGAAGCCACUAUGCAGUGACGUGUCGAAGCAGCAGCAACAACAAAAUGUUUCUGAUGCAGCAGAUCCACACAGGGUGCAUCCACCCAAUGUUCAGAGUCUGGCAGUACAUAAUGAAAGACCUAUUCAUCAGCCUAAACCGAGGUUGUCCACUGAGAGGACGGAUCCACCAGCCGUCAAACCAACACAACAAAGGAACUUCUGUGCCAGACACCCAGUUCCGAAACGCCCUGCCUUGAGAAAGGGGUCAUUUAACCCAGAUGAGUACCAACACAACUUUACCCUCAACCAUUGGGUGAAGACUCACACUCGCAAAGUGAGCUAUGAUACAGAUGAUGAUGAUGAUGAAAGUAGUGACGCUGAUGAGUUGGUCUUCGAUGAUGAAAGGCACAGUUCAAUCUCUUCCAGCAAACCGGUUACAUCAUCGACUGGAGAUUACGCAGUAAAGCAGUCAUGUGCACGCAAUGUUCACCAGCUGCAGAAAGUCAUGGAGAUAGACAAUCUUCCAAGCAGUGUGACGAGCGAUGUGCUCGGGGAACUCUUGGCAGAUUUUGGAAUUGUAGAGAGCAUCUCAAUGAAGGAGAAUGACACUGGAAGUUGUGUUGCAGAAGUGAGGAUGGUGAAUGAAGCUGUUCUUGAUCAGAUAGUCGAAUGCCUGCAGAUAUCAUCCCCUUUUGGAGCAUUAUCAAAACCCCUGAGCGUGAGGAUAGUGAGUUCAGAAGGUUGAAGCUAACAGCACUACUGUGAAUUCAGUUCUCUAUGUGCUAAUCAGGAACAGGUCAGUACUGCAGUGCUUCAAAAGUGUGAAAUUUAUUUUGCAAGACACAUACGUGACCCCUUUCUUCUAAAACCUUUUGUGAUAAUGACUCGCUUGGAAGGUGUUGCAAGUUCAACACAUUUUUUGUAACAUUCUUUGAAGUUUUGUAUUAAGACCUUGUGAAAUCUGUUUAGCGUAAGGCCCUUAAUAUUUGCGAGCCCCUAAUUUUCACGAAUUUCACAAAUUUGAAAAAUACUUCCAUUUUACGGGCGCACAAAAAUUUAAAGCAAGGUUUGAUACUUCGAAGACUAUAUGCUGCAAUCGCAAACUUUAUCUUCACAGUUGGUUGUACAGGAUAAUGGUGGGCAUUUGAAAUGCUUUCCAGCACAAGCAUGUGCAAUGUUGCUUCUAUCAAAUACAAUAUGGGCAAUGUCAGGCUUACGACGAGGUAAGCCAAUCAAGACGCAAAUUUUAGCAUUCAGAAGUUGCAAAAUUUAGCGACAGCAAAUAUGUGCCUUGUACCUGAAUUCAUGAAAAAGUGGUGCUGCAGCAUUAAAGGGUUUUACAGCAAGUCUCUGCAUGAAUAUUUAUGUACUUUUUUAAGAAAUGUUAGCAAAAUUUGCACAGUUGGAGAGCCUUGUUUUAAGAAUAUGUAGUACGUAACUCAUUGUAAUGUUGAGCACUUUUUAACCAUGUUUUACAGUUUUAUCGUUUUCACUGACAUUAUAUGAUCUGUACGCAAUACUGCAAAGAAGUGUCUGUGCUGACGAAGUUCAGCACUGCAUGCCAUUUGAAAUAUUUGAUAUGUAUCUCAUUAAACACUGAAAAGUAUA